GCGAGCUGAGGACCGCAAGUUCAGACUGAAACUUCAUCAAAAUGAGCUGGUCAGCAGCGUUAUUUGAUAGAAUAUUAAACCAUGCUGGUGCUACUAACUCCAAGCUUUCCAAACAGUGAUAUUUUUCUGUCGCACGAAUGUUUUUUUGAAGUUGUCGCUCAGCGUUUAGUCAGUUGUGUUGUUUAAUAUUAGUGUGCUGCUGUUCGUGAAAGUUUUCAGAGUUUAAGCUAACGUUAACGAACCGCUCCAAUUAAACGACGCCAUGAUCCCUGAACGUCCCGGCGCCGGGGACGCGAGGAGCCGGGCCCGCCACCAAAACAGCCCGGCAGCCGAACCGAGCCAGAGCCGCAGCGUCGGCGGCUUGUUGUCCCAAAUCAAAACCAGCAUCAGGAGCGAACCUUUCACCGACCACUACACCAUCAUCCCCGGUAAAGAGCUCGGAAGGGGCAAGUUUGCUGUGGUCAGGAAGUGCGUGGAGAAAUGCACAGGUCACGAGUACGCCGCAAAGUUCAUGAGGAAGAGGCGGAAAGGCCAGGACUGCCGGAUGGAGAUCAUCCACGAGAUCGCAGUGCUGGAGCUGGCCACGGCCAGCCCCCGGGUGGUCAACCUCCACCAGGUCUAUGAGAUGGCUUCUGAGAUGGUGCUGGUCCUGGAAUUUGCGGCUGGAGGUGAGAUCUUCAACCAGUGCGUGUCAGAUCGGGAGGACGAGGCCUUCAGCGAGGAGGACGUGAAGAGGCUGAUGAGGCAGAUCCUGGAGGGAGUCUCCUUCCUUCACCAGAACAACGUCGUCCACCUCGACCUGAAGCCUCAGAACAUCCUGCUGACCAGCAGCUCUCCUCUGGGCGACAUCAAGAUCGUGGACUUCGGUCUGUCCAGGAUGGUCUGUAGCCACCAGGAGCUCAGAGAGAUUAUGGGAACCCCAGAGUACGUCGCUCCUGAGAUUCUAAAUUAUGAGCCAAUAAGCACAGCAACAGAUAUGUGGAGUAUUGGUGUUUUGGCCUACGUGAUGCUGACGGGAAUCUCUCCGUUCCUGGGCGAGGACAAGCAGGAGACGUUUCUCAACAUUUCCCAGCUCAACGUGAGCUACAGCGAGGAGGAGCUGCAGCAGCUGGACCAGUCCGCCCUGUCCUUCAUGCAGACUCUGCUCCGCAAACAGCCACAGGUUCGGGCCACAGCGGAGCAGUGUCUCAAACACCCCUGGCUUCAGCCCUCAGAGCCUCAGCAAACCCAGACGCCGGAGGAAAUCCUCCCAGUGGAGCUCCAGGAGGCCCCCAGCACCACCAGUAGCUCCGUCAGUAGCCCUGAAACCCCCAGCAGCACGACCACAGCCGAGGAGGAGGAGGAGGAGGAGGAGGAAGGCUCGGUGACAGAGGAGCUGAUAGUGAUGGCUGCCUACACCCUGGGCCAGUGCCGCCAGUCCUCCACCUCCACCUCAGAGAAGGAGGCCCUGGCAGCCGAGCAGAAGGCCAUCUCCAAACGCUUCAAGUUCGAGGAGCCCUUCAGUGCCCUGCAGGAGGUCCCCGGAGAGUUCAUCUACUGACCACCACCACCACCACCACCACCACCACCACCACCCAUCACAUCCACCACCAACCUCUGACUGCUGUCUGAAGGGGAAAAGUUAGUGUUGUCACAGUAACAGAAAUAAACCUUCUGAUUAUACAAAUUCCCCUCCAUAUAUAUUGUAUGUGUACAAAAUCUGAUUUUUAUAUAAGCAUCUACUCAUAUAUUCCUCCCAUAAUGCAUCAAGGCUAACCUCGCUUGACACGCACACACACCUCCCACCUCCUAAAAACAGCUCCAGUAGGUUUAUGUGUCUUGUGUUUCAUUUGGUUUUUUUUUUUUUCUUUCACCCCUGAAUAACUGGCCAAAUGUAGACAGUGUGAUACGCAGAGAUAGUUCCAGAAGCUAGGCUAGAGUUUGGAAAUUGAACUUCAUCAAUUUUUGGUGUUGAAGAGUGAGGUCUUCUUUCUACAGCUGCUAUUUUAAAACCAACUUUGAACAAUCAAAAACAGAGAGAAAUUUAUCAUAGAAGAGGCAGAGAGAUCCAGAUGUGCACCUUUCUGGACUGGGCCUUCAAAUUUGUGAAGGUGAUCUGUGAGUGCACAGAGGGGAAAAUGUACCAUGAGACAGGGCUUUACAUGUUAAUAGAUGCCAUGGAUAUUCACCACUCCCAAACUCUUGACAUUUAUUAUUAUUAUUAUAUUUUUCCUAACAGAAUUUACAUUUUGUGAAUUCACAAACUGUGUGCAGUAUCAAGCCUCAAAAUAGAAAUAAACAAAAAUUUUAAAAUAUUGAGAUUUUUGACUUUGAAAGCAGAGCUUGACUAAACAGCAUCACCGCAAAGUCUGUUUAGUAUAUUCUUCUGGAGCUUUCCAUCAUUAUCUUCCUCAGUAGAUGGAGUUUGCACAGUUGUCUUGGAAACAUUGAAUGCCUUUGAAGGACUCUCUGAACUACAUUUCCAUGAUAACAGUGAACAUCAUCUGCUCAGGAAGAGAGUGUAAUACUACUAAAAGCUCCAGAACAACUACUAAAUGGCUUUGUGAGAGAUUGUUUUGUUCAAGAAAAAAAUUCUUCAAAUAAAUAUUUGUGCUGUAUAUCUAAAUUGUGUCUAACUUUUUGACACUUAUAAUUAUUAUUAUUGUUGUUAUUAUUAUUAUUAUUAUUAUUAUUAUUGUAAAGUCUGUGAGUCUGCAAAUGCAGCAUUUGAAAUGAACCAGAUAGAAACCAAGAGAAGGAAAUGAAUGCAGCCACAAGACUGAUUGAUCAACAUGUGGGUCCAGUUUCAGUGUUCAGCCGCCAGAUCCUCACAGAGCAAGUGCAGGAGGACACAUAUUUCAGCUCUUUACACACAUGCACACACUCAGUGUAAAGCUGCAGUCCUCCACACUUUGCCUGACAGAGAAGAAAAACCUCAAGGCUGAAAUCACUCGGUCUAUAUUUAAUCUCAGUUCUGUCCUAAUGAGAGCUUUGCUAAGACUAAAAAGUCUGCUAUAUUUACCAAUAUCAGUUUUUUUACAUAAACACAAACAUUUUGAUAGUGUUAUUAAAGUAUUGUGACCAAGAUAUGUGCUGAGUGGACAUUUUACUGUGUAAAAAUAAACCAUGUCAUAGAGACACUGUUUCUAAUUGACCUCAUAUGCAUAUCGUAGAUAUUUCUCUACUGACAUUUCUUAUCAUUGAAAAUACUUCAGGAAUAAUUCCUUACAGGCUUUGCAUUGGGUGGUCAGGUCAUCUAUUACAAUCAUGGAAUGUACAAUUUUGAUUGUAUUAUCUGGCGUAUACUAUGGUCAACUGGCAACACAAUCCAGUAUGUAAUCAGAUUAAAAAGUGCUUCAUUUACUCAUAACUAAUUUGUCAUCUGGCUUUUAAUAUAGUUUUUAUAGUUCCUGUACCUCAGAAUUCCUGAUGCUAGUGUUACUAGGCAACAUCUUGCUAAAAAAGAAAGAAUAUGUUUUACACGGCUGGGUGAGGAGUUUUAAAACCCUUUUUAACAUGAUUGAUUACACAAGUGUUUUUAGCUUUAAGCCAUUUAGCUCUGUAAUUCUCACUACUGCUGUCCUUACCUUUAAUACAGGUGACAUGAUAGGUGUCUGGCAGGAAGAUGUUCAUUCAUUUCUCAGAACCAGUCAGAAUUCUUAGUAUCAGAUACUGAUAACACUGGUCAUUCUGUAGACACUGAAACUGAACCAUCAUGUUUUCUCAGUGACGUCUUGUUUGUAACGUAGAAACAGACAAGUCAGAACUAACAAAACUAAAUUGUACAACUUGUCUGCUGGUGUAGAAUGGUAACAGUAUGUGACGGGGUUGGCAGGUGUAAGAUAACACUGAGAGUUCCACUUUACCAGGUUCAACUCUCUAUAGUAUGUAAAGCUUCUGUAUAUAGUUCAUACACAGUUCCAGUCAUCAUAUAUCUGCAUUUGUACUCAUGACUGAAGGGGCUGAUUUGCAGUUGAGACUGUUUGAGACACUAUUUAAAAAAAAAAAAACAAUAAGAAGAAACUCACUUUUCAAACUUUUUCCAUGAUUUUUGAACUCAUAAGCCAAAUCUUUGUUUAUUUCUGUCCAUUUCCUUGUCUGUGCUGCUUUCCUCUGAACAGAACCAGCUCUUCCUAACUCAACCUCAUGCGGUUGUUUGUAUAUUCUCUUUAUUUUGUAUUUGGUGCCAUGCUUGAAGAAAAUAUGUGAUGAUUUUAGCUCUUGCUGUUUUUUUUUAUUAUUAUUUCAGGUGUUUCUGUGUAAUAUUGAUGAUGAUCUCUAAAAACAGCAUUUUGGAGUUUUCUGAUUCUGUGUAUAUGAUACAAAUUGUUAAGUUUUAUUAAACAGUAUUAUUGUUAAAAUAGCCAUGUCACAUAUUCCUCUUACAUGAAGGACUCACCCUGCCAGGGUUCAGUCCUUCCUGAAGCAAUAAAUGACAUCAUUAUAAACUUGUACAUGUAGACAGUGAGCACUCUAGACUUUACAUUUGUAUCUAUGAAACAAUAAGCUCUGUUACUAUUGGAACAGAUUUGUACAUGAAUGUCACGUACUGUAAAUAAACAUCUCAAAAUUG